GCACCGCCAUUGCGGCCGGAUGGAAGAGAACGGAAGCCUAUAUAAAGCAUCCUAAAUUCCCCUUGACCUUCUGCGUCUCCGUAUAUAAGAACCCAGAUUUCGAAUUCCUCCUCCCCUCUCCCACCGACGUCGACACCGCUGUUCCAGCAGAUCCCAAGGGAGUCUUCCUCCUCCUCCGAUCCGUCCCCGUCCCGAUCCUCGCUGGGGAUGGCCACCUUCGAGCUGUACCGGAGGUCCACCAUCGGCACCUGCCUCACUGAGACGCUUGACGAGCUAGUGUCCAGCGGGGCCGUCAGCCCCGAGCUCGCCAUUCAAGUCCUUGUGCAGUUUGACAAGUCCAUGACUGACGCGCUGGACAGUCAGGUCAAGAGCAAGGUUAACAUCAAGGGCCAUCUGCACACCUACAGGUUCUGCGACAAUGUCUGGACCUUCAUUCUUACAGAUGCAACCUUCAAAAGCGAGGAGAUUUCAGAAACACUGAGCAAGGUGAAGAUUGUGACCUGCGAUUCUAAGUUGCUGCAGCCUCAUCAACCAUAAAUUGACAGCCACCUGCUUCAUGUCGAUUGAUCACCAUCCAGUUUAGCUCAGUUGAUGCUAUCCCUGGCGCCACCCAAACUUUCCUAGUUCAUGUGAAUUUGCCCUCUCUUAAAGUUGUUUCUGUGGAUCUAAACUAUCGCCGCGGCACUAGACUAGAGUACCAUGGCUGACAACUUGUUAUCCGUACUGCUUAUGAAUAUGGUUUCGCUCGUUUCUGUUGAUAA